CGAGGUUUGAGGGCGGGCCGCUGGCCAGCGCGCGGUGUCUCUAUGGAGCUUGCGGCCUCCGGGAUGAUCAUGGCGGAUUUCGAUGCGAUCUAUGAAGAAGAGGAAGACGAGGAGCGAGCGCUGGAGGAGCAGCUUCUGAAAUACGUACCCGACCCGGUGGUGGUGCGGGGAUCAGGACACGUCACUGUGUUUGGAUUAAGCAACAAAUUUGAAUCAGAAUUCCCUUCAUCGUUAACAGGAAAGGUUGCACCAGAGGAAUUCAAGGCCAGCAUUAGUCGAGUUAACAGCUGUUUAAAGAAGAAUCUUCCUGUCAACGUGCGAUGGCUGCUCUGUGGGUGCUUGUGCUGUUGUUGUACCUUGGGCUGCAGCAUGUGGCCAGUAAUUUGUCUCAGUAAAAGAACACGAAGAUCGAUCGAGAAGUUAUUAGAAUGGGAAAACAAUAGGUUAUACCACAAGCUGUGCUUGCACUGGAGACUGAGCAAAAGGAAAUGUGAAACCAAUAACAUGAUGGAAUAUGUCAUCUUAAUAGAGUUUUUACCGAAGACGCCAAUAUUUCGACCAGACUAGCAACAGACUUUGUUAUCAGAGACUUGGUUCAAGUGUGUUGUCCUUCCAAUGGUGCCUUGCUUGGUACUCCUAGUGAGGAUUGUUAGUCUCAGAGAUUCUUAUUAUUGUUAUCCAAUUUUUCAUUCCUUGUUUGUCCAUACAUUUUUGCUCAAAUUAACUUUUUCUAUGUUUCUCAAUUUGCAUUCCAUCUUUCCUCCUUAAUAGUUCACUUAGGAUGCUUAUCUUAUUAUUCCUCUUAUUCUUUUAAAAUGCUUCUAAUAGUCAUCAUGAUCCUUGAUGCCGAUUUCUUUUGCACACAACAACUUUACAACACUCACCAAAGUAAUGGCUGUACAGUUACUAAAAUAAUCAGUUUGGUAAUAAUACCUGUGAAUGGUUCCACAUUUUUCUAGAGGCUUUUGAUAAAGGAGUAAAAUUACUAUUUUCUUUAUUAGAAAAAUUGAAUUCUUUCCAUAUUCUGUACGCAGUACCUGCAGAGCAAACAGAUGUAGCUUCUUUGUGCUAUGUUGUUCUCUCAUUUCAUUUUAAUGCACCACGUUUUUUCAUUUCUUUCCUUUUUUAAAUUUGAACUUGAGACCAACAGUGCGCGCACACAGAAACACAUUCUACCACGGCUAUGGAAGUAACAACAUUCAUAUGAAGAAAACAGAAGAAAUAAGGUCAAAUGGCUCUGCCUACAUGUUAAACAUUGAACUCAAAACAAAUGGACUGCAAUACCUUGAAAUAAUACUGUAACAAAAUGAGAAGAAGGCCUUUGCAUGCAUUGUAUGGUCAUUUGAAGCUGGGACCAUGGAAAAUGCAGCAGAAUCACAGCCAGAAAAUGGAUACUUUGUUCAGGUAGCUGCCAUAAAUUGUGGCUUUUACAACUUCUGUUACUCUAUUUGUUUACUUUUUUCUGUACAAAUUAGAUUUGCAUAUAGAUAUGUUUAUUUGCUGUAUAGAUGUUCACAAAUUAUAGUUCAUUAUUCAGACUUGUGUAUAUUGUAUAGACUUUUAGAUCAGGUCAUAUUAAAAAAAUUCUGCACCUCAGAUAAUGGGACUUUGAGUGCAUUCAAAGAAGUGCUCCUUUCCAUUCAUUUCAAUGCUACCAGAAGUCAUGGUGCAGGUUGAAGUUUUUUUAGUGUUUUUUUAAUUUUAGGUUUGCUCAGACUUUUAGAAAGUCAGUUAUCUCUCUGAAAUUGACCCUUGUUAUUGAAAGGGUCAGUUUUUAUUUUUAAAUACAAAAUCUGGAAUGUAGAGACAAUCCUUUAAAUUCCCAUAUGUUGGGUUAGUAUCUUUGCCUGCCCCUUGAAAAAACCAAUUGCCUAUCUCUUGCGUUUGUUCAAAAUAUCCCACAAUGAAUUUCAAUUUGUGAAAUAUAUGAAGAUUGUAUUAUUAAAUUUGAUCAGAUGUGCCACUAUUCAAUACACUUGCAAAUUAUGAGUUAUAAAAAUCGAAUUUAUAAUUAACUUGAGACUUUUACUCUAGAUCAUAAUGUAAUACUAUCCUGGAUAAUAUGCCAGUACAUCAACUUUAUACCUAGUUCUGAAGCACAGAGAGUAAGGGAAAACAUCAAGAUUUCACGUGACAUUCCUUUUCAUUGUGUUUUUAAAAAAGCUUUAUCAUUCUGCUGUGAUAGAGAGGGGAAGAUACUUUGUUUCUCAUUUGUACAAAUGUUAUAAUAACCUGACAGACCAAAGGCAGUAGAAGUUUUGUUUGAUAGCAAUUCAGUAAUUUCUGAUUUGUUCUCUUUAUAGCGGAAUAUGUCAUCCAUUUAUUGUAACCUAAGGAGCAAUACUACCCAGUCAAUUCAUUAAUUGUGUAGCCAUUCUAUAAGCAAUAAUGUUUCUGUGGACGUAUGAUCUGCCACCAGCUAAUCACCUUUUUAUUGCUGGCUAAUUGUUUCAGUCAGUUCAUAUGCAUGUUCAGAUGUUAUGUUUGUUGUUUAUAUUGCAUUUGUAUCUGCUUGUGCUCAUGGUUUACUUCAAAUUCAUUUAGAUUAUCUGGCUGCAAGUGACUGUCCUAAGGGCAAUGUACACAGAAUUCCUACAAAUGGCUAAAUGAGAACGAGUUAAUUCAGAAAUAAAAGACACUGGUCAGAAA